UCAGGAGGUGGCUCGUGGUUUUAACGUCAUAUCUCUGUCCUCUUGUUUACACCUUCCUAUACGUGAAAAUAUAUUUUAGCUGGAUUCAGAACCAGCUUCCGGCUAGUGUUUGUGAUCAUGAGCGUCGCGUGGAGCUGUGGAGCGUGUCCGGUCUCCUUUAGGUGCCGUUUAUCUGCCUUCUACUGAUUUCCGCUCGUUAGCGUCUCGCCACGGUCCCGCAGCGAUGUGCGGAAAAGGGGACGAGGCGCAGGACGACUGCGGCUCCCGGGAGGAGUGGACUCUACUGUUCUGGACCUCCGUGGCCGUCGUGGUUCCGGUCAUCAUCACGCUGUGGUGCAGCGCACAACGCUCCAAGAGGAAAUCGCACAUGAAGGAUUUCUUUCGCAAGAGCAAGCACGGCUGGCACUACACCGACCUGUUCAACAAGCCCACCUACUGCUGCGUGUGCUCCCAGCACAUCCUGCAAGGCGCUUUCUGCGACUGCUGCGGCGUGUGCGCCGACGAGCAGUGCCUGCGCCGGGCCGACCGCAGCCUGUCCUGCAAGGAGAUCAUGGCCCCCUCCAGCCCCGAAGGAGCCAUGGAGCAUCGCUGGGUCCGCGGAAAUGUGCCUCUGGCCAGUUACUGUGCUGUAUGCAAGCAGCAGUGUGGGACCCAGCCGAAGCUCUGCGACAUCAGGUGUGUGUGGUGCCAGACCACAGUGCACGAUGACUGCAUGGAGAGCUUGACGGAUGGAGACGUGUGCGACUUGGGCGAGUUCCACAACCUCAUCAUCCCCCCUCACUACCUCUACCGUGUCAACAAGCUGCGCCGCAGGCACCCCGACGAGUACAGCAAGCUCGGCUCUUCCUGUGGCAGCGGCUGGACUCCAGUGUUGGUCUUGGCUAACACGCGUAGUGGGAACAACAUGGGGGAGGUGCUGCUGGGGGAGUUUCGCACCCUCCUCAACCCGGUGCAGGUGUUUGACUUAUCUCAGCUGACUCCUUCCAAAGCCCUCCAGCUGUGCACCCUCCUCCCCCCCGGCAGUGUCCAGGUGCUGGUGUGUGGAGGUGAUGGCACAGUGGGAUGGGUGCUCGAUGCCAUCGAUGCUAUGAAGCUAAAGGGCCAGGACCAGUUCAUCCCCAGGGUGACCAUCCUGCCUCUGGGGACAGGAAAUGACCUCUCUAACACUUUAGGCUGGGGAGCUGGCUAUGCUGGAGAGAUCCCCGUGGAGCAGGUUCUCCGUAACAUCCUCGAUGCUGAAGUGGUGAAAAUGGACAGAUGGAAAGUCCAGGUAGCAUCAAAAGGCGUCUACUUUCGUAAACCAAAGGUUCUGUCCAUGAACAACUACUUCUCUGUGGGGCCCGACGCUCUGAUGGCGCUCAGUUUCCAUGCACACCGUGAGAAAACGCCCUCCUUCUUCUCCAGCCGCAUCAUCAACAAGGCUGUGUACUUCCUGUAUGGCACCAGAGAUUGUUUAGUGCAGGAAUGUAAAGAUCUGGAUAAGAGGAUCGAGCUGGAACUGGAUGGGGAAAGGGUGAAGCUUCCCAGUUUGGAGGGCAUCAUAGUCUGUAACAUCGGCUACUGGGGCGGAGGCUGCAGGCUGUGGGAGGGUAUGGGAGAUGAACCGUGCCCCCCUACCCGGCUGGAUGAUGGCCUGUUGGAGGUGGUGGGUGUAUUUGGCUCCUUCCACUGUGCGCAGAUCCAGGUCAAGCUGGCCAACCCUGUACGGCUGGGACAGGCUCACACUGUCAGACUGGUUCUGAAGAGCUCCACGAUGCCCAUGCAGGUGGAUGGAGAGCCGUGGGCGCAGGGUCCCUGCACCAUCACCAUCACCCAUAAGACCCAGGCUUUUAUGCUGUACCACAGCGCAGAGCAGACGGACGAUGAUGACGAUGAAACCAGCGCCUCUGAGACGGAGAGCCCAACUCCUCACGACUCACCCAGGGCGGCGGGGCCGGCGUCUGCUCGAGCGUGACCCGCCGCAAACAUCGUGUGACGUGAAGCUCUUGUUAUCCUCGUUACUUACUUAGUUUGCAUUAUUCCCUCCUUUGCAUUAGUCUUCCUUCUCCGAGGUCUUUGUAGUCACAUCGUGAUGAUUAGAACAGACGUUUUAAUUUAGAAUCUUUUCAGAGAGCUCACAGACGGAGAAAGAUUAGUUUGUUACUGAGCUGGCGUGAAUUGUUUCUUCGGUCUUUUAUCUACACACUCCCCUUUUAACUCAGAGCUCAGGCAGUCUCUCCUUGGACAGAUUGCUCUUUAAUUGCACUGAUCCUCCGUGCCAUAGAUAAUCUAUAGACGACGAUACUGUAUUUAUUACUCUGUAUUUACAAUUGAAUUCUCCGUGCUGCCCUGCAGGUAUCGGUGAGCCAUUCUAACAGGUUGCCCAGGUUUAACCGACCCCUAAAAGCCAUGUUUAAAUCAACAGCAGGUGAUGACGUUGUGUUUGUUGAGAGAACAGCAGGUUGCGCUGUCUGGUUGAUGCUUUAUUUCCCACAAAUUUUGUAUUCCACAAAAAGCACAAAAAGUGAAAGACCUGCGUUUGCUGGCAGGCCCCAGUGGCUCAUGUGUCAAAUGUGUUAUCGUCUUUGAGGAUCCUCAUCAUCACACUGCUGGCAGGUUUUUAGUCACACAGGCUUUGAAAUGUGUGGACUCGAUGGGGCAUGGACUCUGAUAAAACCGCAGUGUGUUAUCAAUCAGCAGACAUCAGUGUUUACGUUAAAGUGCACUGCCAUUUGCCAAACUGUUAAAUUAUAAUACGUUAAAGUGUAUAAACUAUGGUUGACAUUCCUGUAUGAGCUACAGGAAAUAGCCAGAGUUGCUGAGGCCUGUUUGGGAAGUACUGCCAAGUAGACGUAGUUUAGUGGGUCCAUUUUACCUUCAUUUUGAACCGUUGUUUUUCCUCUGUUUUGCUCCUGUUUACAUAUUUUGUGUUGCACUUUUUGGCAUUUACACUGAUAAGUACCUUAAACUGCCCAGGAUGUUGACCUUUGAUGUUACUGCCGAUCGUCGUAAUAGCUGCUGUUGAGAUUAUGCUCCCAUUAACCCAAAAGUCACCACAAGGUGGCCCACUUAAGACAGUAUUUCUGUAGACAGGAUAAUAGAGUGGUCUUCAUAUAUAUUAGGAUCAUUACACGCAUGUACGUAUCCAUGUAAUGUUCAGGUGAAAUACUAAUUCCUGUUUAUUCUGUACUCAGCAGAAUUUCUGCAGGAGGACUUUUGUGUUUCUGUGUUUUGCUGUUUGAGGUGGUCUGCUGCUCGGAGUCAUAUCAGGAAUGUCUGUAGCUGUUAGUUUGCGCUUCGUUUUGAACCCGGAGCUGCUCCGAAGGCUGAACAGGGAUACGAGUUUUGCCGCGCGAUGCCUACUGCUUUCAAAAUAUGCACCUCCCUGGCACAUAACCAAACCGCAUGGUUUCAUCGCCCUCUAUUUGUUUGGCGAAUGUUGUCGCUCAAGGACACCUGCUUGAACUUUUACCUUGUCAUCCAUGUUUACCAGAGCUGUCUGUGUUGCACUGAAUUCUGCUUAAAUGUGACAGGGUUUUAAAGCCACUAGGUCCUUAGCCACGCUAGCAUCAUGCUUCUAGUAUAUUUAUAGAGAAAACACCCUGCUUUUUGUAGGAGUCACUACAGUUUUGUAGAGAAAGUCAUCUCCAAUGAAUCCUAAUGUUUGGUUGAUUUAGAGCACUUCAGAUCAUGAUGUGAUACUCAAAACAGUAAAACUAAGUGUCUGUCUCAGGCUCAGCUACAGUUUUCAAACUCUAAACACAACCUGAGAAAUGUUAGCAUGAUGCUAAUUCGAUAUAUACUUUUGUUUAUAGAGAAUUAGCAUAAUUAACAUAGCAGGAACAACAUGCCAACAUCCUUGCUUGGAGCUGAAUACAGCUGCAGUGGGUGUCAUGGCUGCAUCAGAUACACAUAUUUUCAAUUAAAAUUUAAUAAAUGUGAAUUAGACUGCUGAUUCCACCAGCGUUUCUGUAACUUUAGCUCAAUCUUACCAAACAUAUAAAAUAUGGACAUUGGUACUGUCAUGUCACCUAAAUUUUAGCAUUUGGACUUUUUGGUUAUUUUGAGCCAGAAGUCGCCAUAUUUGUAUGAGAGGGUGAAGUGCCACAUUUUUAGCUUGAUUACCAAGUUCUGUGUGUAAAUACUGUUACAUUUAAUCAUUAAUUAUUAUUAGUAUUAUUAUUAUCAUUGUCUUGCUCUCUUCCACAGCAGUUCUUUGUCCUGUCUUC